CCUUCUGGCCGUUCUCUCUGUCCUCCUCGUCCUCCUUCGCGCGGCGCGGCCGCUCCCCCUCUACUUCCCGUCGUCAUUCGGUAGUUAUUCUUUUAUAGCGAAAACCGAGGCGGUUCCCUUCUGCUUCGCAAGUCAGUCAAAGUAAGUUUUCCCCCGUUGCUCAUGAGUGUGACAUCGCGGGGAGUGAGGGAGUGCGUACCUGACCGCAGGCUGCGUCCACGUGAUCCUCGUCACAGUCUCGUCAACCCCGUCGGCGUGGACGGAGCGCGCCGCGUCGGCCGCCGCCGGAAAGUCACCCCCGCGUCGUGCGUUCAGGUCUCCGCCGCGACCGCGCCGCGACCGCCCCCGUGCCGACAGUGCGUCCGCGUGAGUGCGUGUUGAGCGUGCGUGCGUGUGUGCUCGUGUGUGUUUGUGAGUGGGCUCAAGUGAUUUCGUUGUGAGCUUGACUGUGCUUUGUUUUAUUCUGUUGAUUUGGUUGGCCUCGUAGGGAGUGCAUAAGCUUAAGCUGUUGUUUACUUUUUUCUGUUGCCAAUCCGCGCGUGUUGCGUUUCUCUGCAGUUUUCAAGCCAGUAGUCGCUUGGUUUUGUUUUCGUUUGCCUCUGAAGAAAGUGAUAACAGUGCUUCGAAUGUGUUACGUGUGUGUCUGAGUGGAAAAGUGAUAGUGAUACAGUGCUGCUCGCGUGAUUCGUGGAGACGACAAGAGUCUCAAGCCAAGCGUGUGUGCGAGAGUGUGUGUGCGCCAGUGGCGUGCCAGUGGAGGAGACAGUGCCCCCCCGUGAGGAGUACCUGUUGAUUGGAGGGGCAUAUGUGGCUGGCGUUCAAGACGCCUGGAUGUGGCCGCCAUCUUGGAAAGUGCCGCGACUGUCACCGUUCCCCGCGGGAAGCCUGCCAGGUUGAACAAGCUUUCACCGCGGUCGGUGCAGCGCCGACAGGGGGGCCUCCACGUGUUGCCCGUCACACAUGUCAGCAGUCCCUCAGUCCUGGCAGUGCGGUGCAGUGCAGUGCAGGGAGGGCCCUCUCAUCCAAAGUACCCGGUCGAAACGCGGGUGCCGCGGGUACCGCCGCGCGUGUCGCUACACGCGUGUCCGUCGCGUUCGCGUGUGUGCGUGUGUCCGUGCCCUCGGUGCGCCGGAAGAGGCCGCCGAUUGUGGAUUCCGGGGAUGUGCUUCCGGCCAGAACGCGCCGUGUUCAAGAGGCGGCCUGGAGACUCCAGCCCUGCAACACAAAAUUGGAUAUGGAUACACAAACACUCCGCCGAAUUUUGGAUACUUCGGGCGCCCUAUCAUCGCCGGCUGGCUUCGCCGCCAGCGCCAAGGGACGACGCCAAGGCCGGCGUCGGGGCAGGCAGCGAUAUCUGACGAUGACAGUGGAUCUAAGAUGGCGACCGCCGUGAAGACGGGCGACGCGGAAUGGUGAUUGCGGAACGCUUUGGAUAACUUACAGCCCCGAAGACUCUGUGCAGCGGAUAACCGGCAAGAACGGAUUCUCACUGAGUGCAGCAAGUGGUGUCGACUGGAGUCCUUACUGGAGAAACCUGCAUUUUUUUCGUCAAGAAGAUCCAAGCCAUU